AUGUCAGGACCACCAGUGCCACUGCACGUAUUUCCUAGGAGUACUGUGCCAGCUGCCGUUUAUCCUGCAUUUCCGCUGGUGGAUACGACGAACGACGAGUCGCUGGAGCUGCAGCCGCUGAACCCGGACGGGGGGCCGGCGCCCGGCGAGCGCCACGGCUCCGGCAAGGGAGUGCUGCGCCGCAUGUCGCGCGUCCGCAGCGACGAGGCCGACGACAUCGGCCGGCCGGCCGCCGACCACCACCCGCAGUAUUCCCCGACGGUGGGGCAGCACACACGGAGAGGGGAGGAGAGGGGACUCAGACCUCCAGCAGGCGCCCUGAGUGAAGCGUGCUCGCAGGGCGCCAGCCUGCUGCCUGGCGCGCAGCCCAUGUCGCCGUCGGAGAAGCUGGGCGCGGGCCUGCCGCUGCUGCAGCGGCUGCGCAUGCUCAAGGAGAAGCAGGAGCGCGAGGAGCGCAAGCUGCUGCCCGCGUCGCCGCCGUCCAGCCUGUCGCCCCCGACGACGGCGGACGACUCGCGGCUGCACUCGGGUCCCUCCUCUGAGGAGGACUCAGCGGCUCCUCGCCGAGUCGCCGCCGGCAGCUCCAUCCUCACACGGCUCGCCUCGCUCAAGCACGCUGGUCGGCAGCCCAGCGCGGCGUCGUCGACGGCGUCGAGCGACCGGCACAGCGACGCGGAGGCGGUCCCGUGCGGGCCGUGCUCGCCCACGGAGGCGCUGUCGCCGCCCCCCUCCGCCACCAGCUCGGCGCCGUCGCGCGGCGGCUCGCUGCUGCUGCGCGACAAGCUCAAGACGCUGGUGCACGCGCCCGCGCACACGCCGCCGCACACGCCCCCACCGCCCCCGCAGGCGCAGCCGCCGCCCCCGACUGUGGUUCACGCUGCCACCGUUGCGGCCGCACCGCCCGGUGAACUCCCGCGGCCUGGGCUGGUGAAGAAGCAGCCGUCGUGGACGAUCCUGAAGCGAGCGGCCAUCGUCUCGUCCUCGGGGUCCCGCGAGGACGAGAGCAGCGACGCGAGCGCCGUGUCCGCUCCCGCGGCGCUCGACCGCACCGCCGCCGAGGGUGGAGACGCCGCCGCCGAAUCCGACCUGGUGCCGGGGGCCACGCCUACCGACACGCCCUCCUCGCCUGCGCGCCACAAGGACGUAGACGACGACCAGCUGCCCGUCCCAGCAGUGCCAGGAAUCGCCAAAGAAAACGACGCGUGGAGGCCGUCGGUGGAGAUGGCGUCGCCCCCGCCAGCGUCCGUGGGGCGGCCGCCGCCCCCAGGGGCGGAAGCAGACCCGCAACCGCCGCUCACGUGCGUCGCAGCCGCUGCCGCCUCCAACACUACACCAGCCGUGCCUCUCAAACGACCCGCGAAGCCGACCCUGCUGCAAAUCCAACAGCGAGAGACAAAGUUCUACACGUCGAUAGACGACCUGUCGCCCGAGUACUCGGGCCUGCCCUUCGUCAAGAAGCUCAAGAUCCUGAACGAGCGCCAGAAGCUGGCCGAGCUGGAGCGCACCGUGGCCGCCGCCGGCUUCCUGCGCAGCUCCAGCCUCGACUCGGGCGGCGCGCCCCCCGGCUGCCUCGACGGCGGCCUCACCAGGUGA